GUGGUGUGUUCAGACUCCAUUUUAAACUGCACAGAGCAGUGAGCGGAAGACAGGUCGUGUGAGACACGUUCUCUCAGAUUUGGGAAGAUGGAUGAUUUGGAGGCAGACGGGGACAGAUCAGAGUCUCCAGUGUCCAGCUGUCAGCUGUCUUUGAAGAGUGACCGCAGUGAAGGUCAUCCUCCAUUGUUCAGUGAUGAACCUGGACCCUCAGACACAAAACAGAGAGCAGAGUCUCCAGUAUCCAGCUGUCUGUCUAUGAAGAGUGACCGGUCCAAAGAUUCUCCUCUAAAAUUCAGUAAUGAACCUGGACCCUCAGACACAAAACAGAGAGCAGAGUCUCCAGUACCCAGCUGUCUGUCUAUGAAGAGUGACCGGUCCAAAGAUUCUCCUCUAAAAUUCAGUAAUGAACCUGGACCCUCAGCCACAAAACAGAGAGCAGAGUCUCCAGUACCCAGCUGUCUGUCUAUGAAGAGUGACCGGUCCAAAGAUUCUCCUCUAAAAUUCAGUAAUGAACCUGGACCCUCAGACACAAAACAGAGAGCAGAGUCUCCAGUACCCAGCUGUCUGUCUAUGAAGAGUGACCGGUCCAAAGAUUCUCCUCUAAAAUUCAGUAAUGAACCUGGACCCUCAGCCACAAAACAGAGAGCAGAGUCUCCAGUACCCAGCUGUCUGUCUAUGAAGAGUGACCGGUCCAAAGAUUCUCCUCUAAAAUUCAGUAAUGGACCUGGACCCUCAGACACAAAAGAGAAGAAGAGGAGUCAUGUUUCUGUGGAGGAGCAGCCGUCCUGCUGUAGUUUGUGUCAGGACGUCCUGAAGGAUCCAGUCUCUACCAGCUGUGGACACUGGUUCUGCAGACAGUGCAUCAGCUCAUACUGGGACCAGUCUGCUUCAUCAGGAGACUCCUCCUGUCCCCAGUGUGGAAAAAGACCCAGAACAAGAGCUGGACUGCAGACAGCCAGUCAGACCAGCACUGUACAAACAGACAGUGGUCUGCAGGAGGUUUUAGAUGAACAUAAGAUCAGUGUGAGGAGGAGAUGUGAACGUGUGACUGAAGGAAGUGAUGAAACAGGAAGUGGAACCCUCCUCAACAGGAUCUACACUGAGCUCUACAUCACAGAGGGACAGAGUGAAGAGGUUAAUACCCAACAUGAGGUGAAGCAGCUUGAGAGAGCUUCUAAGAUGAAGACCCUCCAUGAAACUCCAAUCAAGUGUCAGCACAUCUUUAAAGCCUUACCUGAGCAACAGAAACACAUCAGAGUGGUUCUGACCAAUGGCGUCGCUGGCGUUGGAAAAACCUUCACAGUGCAGAAGUUCACUCUGGACUGGGCCGAGGGUUUGGAAAACCAAGAUGUCAGUGUGGUGAUUCUGCUUUCGUUCAGGGAGCUGAACUUCAUCAGAGAUGAGAAGUUCAGUCUUCUCACUCUGCUCCGUGUUUUCCAUCCAACAUUACAGAAGGUCACAGCAGAGGAGCUCGCUGUCUGUAAAGUUCUGUUCAUCUUUGACGGCCUGGAUGAAAGCAGACUGGCUCUGGAUUUCCACAACAAUGAGGUUGUGACUGAUGUCACACAGAAGUCAUCAGUCAACGUGCUGUUGACAAACCUCAUGGAGGGGAAGCUGCUUCCCUCGGCUCUGGUCUGGAUAACUUCCCGACCUGCAGCAGCCAAUCAGAUCCCUCCUGCAUGUGUUGACAGGGUAACAGAAGUACGAGGCUUCACUGAUGCCCAGAAGGAGGAGUACUUCAGGAGGAGAGUCAGUGAUGAAGAGCGGUCCAGCAGAAUCAUCUCACACAUGAAGACAUCCAGGAGCCUCCACAUCAUGUGUCUAAUCCCAGUCUUCUGCUGGAUCACUGCUACAGUUCUGGAUCACAUGUUGACUCAGAGCAGAGAGAGAGAGCUGCCCAAGACCCUGACUGACCUGUACUCACACUUCCUGCUGGUUCAGACAAAGAGGAAGAAGCACAAGUAUGAUGAGGGACAUGAGACCAGUCCACAGGAGCUGACGGAGGCUGACAGGGACGUUCUUCUGAAGCUGGGGAGGCUGGCGUUUGAACAUCUGGAGGAAGGAAGCAUCAUGUUCUACCAAGAAGACCUGGAGCGCUGUGGUCUUGAUGUCACAGAGGCCUCGGUGUACUCAGGAGUUUGUACAGAGAUCUUAAAAAGAGAGUCUGUGAUCUUCCAGAAAACAGUCUACUGCUUCGUUCAUCUGAGCGUUCAGGAGUUUCUGGCUGCAGUCUACCUGUUCCACUGUUUCACCAACAGGAACACAAAGGUACUGGAGGACUUCCUGGGGACAGACAAGGAUAAUUACAGAUCCCUGGAUGUCUUCUUAAAGAGAGCCAUGGAGAAAUCCCUCCAAAGUAAAAAUGGUCACCUGGAUCUGUUUGUCCGCUUCCUUCAUGGCCUCUCUCUGGAGUCCAACCAGAGACUGUUAGGAGGCCUUUUGGGUCGGACAGACAACAGUCCAGAAAUCAUCCAGAGAGCCAUCAACAACCUGAAGGAGAUGAACACAUACGAUAUCUCUCCUGACAGAAGCAUCAACAUCUUCCACUGUCUGCUGGAGAUGAACGACCUCUCAGUACAUCAGGAGAUCCAAGAGUUCCUGAAGUCAGAGAACAGAUCAGAGAAGGAACUCUCAGAGAUCCACUGCUCAGCUCUGGCCUACAUGCUGCAGAUGUCAGAGGAGGUUCUGGAUGAGUUGGACCUGAAGAAAUACAAGACAACAAGGGAGGGACGACGGAGACUGAUUCCAGCUGUGAGGAACUGCAGAAAGGCUCGAUUUACUGUAUGUGGACUCUCAGAGACUCACUGUGAAGUCGUGGCCUCAGCUCUGAAGUCCAACCCCUCCCAUCUGAUAGAGCUGGACCUGAGUGUCAUCAACAGCCUGCAGGAUUCAGGAGUGAAGCGGCUGUGUGCUGGACUGGAGAGUCCAAACUGUAGACUGGAGGCUCUGAGACUGAGGAGGUGCAAUUUGUCAGAGACCAGCUGUGUUUCACUGGCCUCAGCUCUGAAGUCCAACCCCUCCCAUCUGAGAGAGCUGGACUUGAGUGACAACGAGCUGCAGGAUUCAGGAGUGAAGCAGCUGUGUGAUUUUCUGGAGAGUCCACACUGUAAACUGGAGACUCUGAGAUUGAGUUGGUGCAGUUUGUCAGAGACCAGCUGUGUUUCACUGGCCUCAGCUCUGAAGUCCAACCCCUCCCAUCUGAGAGAGCUGGACCUGAGCUACAACAAGUUGCAGGAUUCAGAUGUGAAGCUGCUGUGUGAUCUGAAGGAGAGUCCACACUGUAAACUGGAGACUCUGAGACUGAGGGGCUGCAGUUUGUCAGAGAUCAGCUGUGUUUCACUGGCCUCAGCUCUGAAGUCCAACCCCUCCCAUUUGAGAGAGCUGGAGCUGAGUGACAACAAGCUGCAGGAUUCAGGAGUGAAGCAGCUGUGUGAUUUUCUGGAGAGUCCACACUGUAAACUGGAGACUCUGAGACUGAGGAGAUGCAGUUUGUCAGAGAUCAGCUGUGUUUCACUGGCCUCAGCUCUGAAGUCCAACCCCUCCCGUCUGAGAGAGCUGGAGCUGAGUGACAACAAGCUGCAGGAUUCAGGAGUGAAGCAGCUGUGUGAUUUUCUGGAGAGUCCACACUGUAAACUGGAGACUCUGAGACUGAGGGGCUGCAGUUUGUCAGAGAUCAGCUGUGUUUCACUCGCCUCAGCUCUGAAGUCCAACCCCCCCCAUCUGAGAGAGCUGGACCUGAGUGGAAACAAGCUGCAGGAUUCAGGAGUGAAGCAGUUGUGUGAUUUUCUGGAGAGUCCACACUGUAAACUGGAGACUCUGAGACUGUGGAGGUGCAGUUUGUCAGAGAUCAGCUGUGUUUCAUUGACCUCAGCUCUGAAGUCCAACCCCUCCCAUCUGAGAGAGCUGGAGCUGAGUAAGAACAACCUGCAGGAUUCAGAUGUGAAGCUGCUGUUUGAUCUGAAGGAGAGUCCACACUGUAAACUGGAGACUCUGAGACUGAGGAGCUGCAGGUUGUCAGAGAUCAGCUGUGUUUCAUUGGCCUCAGCUCUGAAGUCCAACCCCUCCCAUCUGAGAAAGCUGCAGCUGAGAGACAACAAGCUGCAGGAUUCAGGAGUGAAGCAGCUGUGUGAUUUUCUGGAGAGUCCACACUGUAAACUGGAGACUCUGAGACUGAGGAGCUGCAGUUUGUCAGAGAUCAGCUGUGUUUCAUUGGCCUCAGCUCUGAAGUCCAACCCCUCCCAUCUGAGAGAGCUGGAGCUGAGUGACAACAAGCUGCAGGAUUCAGGAGUGAAGCAGCUGUGUGAUUUUCUGGAGAGUCCACACUGUAAACUGGAGACUCUGAGACUGAGGAGCUGCAGUUUGUCAGAGAUCAGCUGUGUUUCACUGGCCUCAGCUCUGAAGUCCAACCCCUCCCAUCUGAGAGAGCUGGACCUGAGGUACAACAAGCUGCAGGAUUCAGGAGUGAAGCUGCUGUGUGAUCUGAAGGAGAGUCCACACUGUAAACUGGAGACUCUGAGACUGAGGAGCUGCAGUUUGUCAGAGAUCAGCUGUGUUUCAUUGGCCUCAGCUCUGAAGUCCAACCCCUCCCAUCUGAGAGAGCUGGAGCUGAGUGACAACAAGCUGCAGGAUUCAGGAGUGAAGCAGCUGUGUGAUUUUCUGGAGAGUCCACACUGUAAACUGGAGACUCUGAGAGUGGAGAAAUGCAGUUUGUCAGAGAUCAGCUGUGUUUCAUUGGCCUCAGCUCUGAAGUCCAGCCCCUCCCAUCUGAGAGAGUUGGAGCUGAGCUUCAACAAGCUGCAGGAUUCAGGAGUGAAGCAGCUGUGUGAUUUUCUGGAGAGUCCACACUGUAAACUGGAGACUCUGAGACUGAUGGAGUGCAGUUUGUCAGUGAUCAGCUGUGUUUCAGUGGCCUCAGCUCUGAAGUCCAACCCCUCCCAUCUGAGAGAGCUGGAGCUGAGCUACAACAAGCUGCAGGAUUCAGAUGUGAAGUUGCUGUGUGAUCUGAAGGAGAGUCCACACUGUAAACUGGAGACUCUGAGAUUGAAGAGCUGCAGUUUGUCAGAGAUCAGCUGUGAUUCAGUGACCUCAGCUCUGAAGUCCAACCCCUCCCAUCUGAGAGAGCUGGAGCUGAGCUCCAACUACAAGCUGCAGGAUUCAGGAGUGAAGCAGCUGUGUGAUUUUCUGGAGAGUCCACACUGUAAACUGGAGACUCUGAGACUGAAGAGCUGCUGUUUGUCAGAGAUCAGCUGUGUUUCACUGGCCUCAGCUCUGAAGUCCAACCCCUCCCAUCUGAGAGAGCUGGACCUGAGGUACAACAAGCUGCAGGAUUCAGAUGUGAAGCUGCUGAAGGAGAGUCCACACUGUAAACUGGAGACUCUGGAAUGGAGGCCAAAUAUAAUGGAUCUGCAGAGAGGAUCAGCUGUGUCUUGAUGAUCCAGAGACUUUGAAGCAGCAGCAUCACAUCACAGCUGCCUCCACAUCCUCAUUGGAGAGAAAAGCAUUCACCUGAGGAAAGCAGGUGAAAUCCUCUUGAGCACAUGCCCUUUUCCACAGCUCUGCUUUCUUCAGGAAACCACCCAGCUUGUCAUACAGGUUCAGGAUGCUGGUGUCCUUGCCCUGCAGAGACGCAUUCGGUUCGUUCAGUUUGCUGAUUAUAUCUGCCAGAUAGCAUAGCUUUGCAAGUCAGUCCGUGUCCUCAAACAAGGUGGCAUGGGGAGAUCCGUGUUCUGUCAGAAAGGUGUGCACUUCAGAUCGUAAUUCCAACAGCCUGUUGAGUAUUCUCCCUCUCGAGAGCCAGCGCACUUCUGUAUGCAGGAGCAGUUGUGUGUGUUCAGCUCCCAUAUUUUCACAGAGGCGGCGGAACAAACGUGCAUUAAGUGGCCUUGACUUGAUGAAGUUUAUCACUUUAAUGCUGUCGUUCAAAACAUCAUGCAACACAGGGCUCAUUUUCUUGGACGCCAAUGCUUCCCUGUGAAUCACACAGUGAGUCCACUUAAUGUCGGGGUUUUCUUUUUUAAUCCGCGCUACGAGCCCUUUCCCGCUGCCCGUCAUUGAUGCAGCCGCAUCGGUGCAGACGCUGCUGCAGGAUUUCCAGCUGAGACCAUUUUCAGAGAAGAAUGUGUUAACAACAUUAAAAAUGUCCUCUCCUGUUGUUCUCCCCUCCAAACUUUUGCAGAAAAGGAUGUGUUCACAAAUGUCGUCAGUCUCAAUGUAUUUCACAAAAAUAACAAGUUGUGCAUUUCCACUGACAUCUGUGGAUUCAUCCAGCUGGAGUGAAAAAGAGUCGCCAAGUUUUCCCACAACUUGUUCGACAAUGUCUGUACCCAUUUUAGCUAUUCUGCGGCAAACAGUGUCAUUAGACAAAGGGACAGUUUUUAAUGUAUCCGCUGAUUUUUUUUGUCCAGCAUGGUUUUGGCCAAUACAACAGCAGCGGGGAGCAGCAGGUCUUCAGCUAUGGUGAACGUUUUUUUGGCUUUAGCUACGAGCAAACACACCGCAGAAGAGGCCUCCAGUGCUUUGGCUGAUGUAGUGGAGGCUUUUUGCAUGUUGUCUUGGGAUGACUUGAAGUGAGAAAGUUUCCUCUUAAAGAGGUCUGGUGGCUUACCAACAUGACAUCCAUGUUUUGUGGUGAGAUGCCACUGGAGAUGUGCUGGCUUCAUGCUAGUGUUGGCUAAUUUCUCCCCGCAAAAAAAACAUAGUGCCUUAGGCGGGUUGCAACUCGUGGACGUAAAUCCCAUUAAAACGUAAUCUUCCAUGUACUGUUGGUAUUUCGUCGGCUCUGGUUUCGCCUUCUUAUUCACUUGUUUCUCCGUGUUUUCUGCAGCAUUGCUGCUGCGCUUCAGCCACGACUCCAUCAUUACAGUGCGUCUUCAGGUAGUGGCAGGUCAUUGACAAGUGAUGCAUUUUGGGUCAAUGGGUCAAACCAACUUGGUUUGGGGAGAGUCCGUUUUUUUAAGGAUAUUAAAAUUGAAUACUGAAUAUAAAAUUCAGUGUAUAAACAUGCAUUUGUAUUUUAUUGAACUUUUUAUAAUAUAAUUAUUUAUCAAGACUUAUUUAUUAUUAUUAUUAGGCCUACUGCUUUUUUUAAAUAUAUAUUUUUUUAAAUCUCACGUACCCCCUGGUGUACCUCCACGUACCCCCAGGGGUACGCGUACCCCCAUUUGAGAACCACUGUGAUAAGGGGUAGAACCUGACCUACCACCCGACAGACGUUAUCUAACUUACUAAAACAAGCUACAUCCAUAUGUAACCUGUUUAAAAGAAUCCCCAACUGUUACUAAAUGUGUAACCUGUUGGAAAAAGCGUUAAAAAUAUGAGAAAUGUGUUAGAAAUAUGUUCUUUCACUGAGAAUUAGUUUUAUUUAAUUCAUACAAUUUUAUUUAAUUCAUAACUACAUUCUUUAUUUUAUUCUUCAUUUCAUUUGUCAUUUCAUUUUAUCUCAGAGGUCUUUUUAAUUCAGUAGGUGGUCCUGUGAAGAAAAACUUUAAAAAAUAAUUUCAUUGGUUCAGACUAGUUUGCUGAUAUACUAUUGGUUAAAAUGACGCAUGUCCUGCCGACGUUGCAGCAGUGUUGUGAAAAAUACACAGAGAGCAGCAGGUCCAUAGAUAUACAUAGAUGCCGCACUGAACGGCGCUCGUCAUUGGAGCGAUACGUCAACGCGGCCGCCAUCUUGCCCAGGUGGAGCCGCGCUGCCUAAUGCAUGUAUGUCUAUUGAGGCAGGAGAUUAUUUACGAUUAAAAUCAUCAUUACUCGCUGAAUUCUCAACCGAUUUUCAUGUGGUUUGGUUUGUUACAAUCGUCAGACAUGUAGUUAUGAUACUUGGUUAAAUAAAAAAUGCAGCUUUUCAUACCAAAAUAUUUGAUGUUAUGUAGAUAAAGUAACAGUAAUAGUUCUACAACACAUUUAAACUAAACUUUCCCCAUGUAAUAAAUAUUCUUUUUUCUUACUAGAUGUACAAUGCCCACCAUGAUGUCAUUUAAUUAUUAAUUUUGCCUAUAAAUUUUUAUUCACAUUUCACACAAUGUGCAAAAAAUAGUGUAUCAGCAGGGUUGUGCUGAGCUGCAGUGCAGAUUCUGAUUAACAAAUAUUGGUUUUGUACAAGUGAAAAUAAAUGACUUAGAGCUGCAUGUUUACACAAAAUUUUGCUUUAAUCUCAUAUGUAUAACACCACAGUGCUCACAGGAGCCUGGACACAGAACUGUUAACAUUAUUAGGUCAUAUUUACAAAAAUAUAAUACAGAGGGAGUCACUCUGUAAACUUAAACGGACAGUCUGCCCAGUCCUGUCGAAGUCCUCAGGUCUGAAGUGACAGCUGCAGAUGACUGAGGAGUCACUCGGGACAAACUCCUUUCUCCUCACUGCUGCUACCCAUGCCCGUCUCCUAUAUGUGUUUUUUGGGAAACUACACACAAAAUAAGUGUGUCAGAAAAACGCAGUUCCACAUAAUUUGUAGUUACAAUUCAGGCCACAAGUUGACUACUAACGUUAUACUGCGUUAUGUCACGUUGGUGCCAUUAAACAAAUAGUUGACAAUUUGGAAUAACACAUCCACCGACAUAGCUGUUUGACAAAGCAUCAUAAUUUUAUCAGUAAUAUUAUAUAAAUGUUAACCUUUUUUCUUUAAGUUGUGUGACAUAGCGUUAGCUUAAUUUGGCAUUAGGACCAGAUCAGGACAGUUACUUUACUUGAUUAGCUUAAAAGAAGGAUCACUUUUUGAGAUAUAUAUCUCAUUAAACAUGUUCGUAACAGUAAAAUAUUGUAAAACAACUUACCUGUUAUUCCCUUCUGCUUGGUUUUAACACUUCUUUUGUUCGUACAUCCAAAUGCAGAGCAAAAAUGUGACAAUUUGCAGAGUCCGACACGGGUCUGAACGGUCAGAGCACCUAGGCAAGAUGGCGGCAGUAUUGACGCAUCCCACAAGCCAGGGUGCGGCAUCUAUGUAUAUAGAUCUAUGAGCAGGAUGAUAGCGGAAACACAGAGGUUUUUGGAGUGAUAAAACUUGUUAAAAAUACUUGAUAUUGUGGUAUUCUGUUAAAAGGAGGAACUGUGCAAGCAGAUAAAAGUCCGGUGAACCACUGAAGCGAUGCUGGGAACAUCUCAUGCUCGGUUCAUUAUUUUACUUUCUCGGUGAGUUCUGUGACGCAUUAGCAAAUAGCUCCGUGAAUUAGCCUAGCCUCGUGGUGUUUCAACCACCGAGCAGGAGCAUGAAGUCAAUGUCCUGGUAUUUUUCCAAUGAUAGAAGAGAAAAAACGGGAAUAUGUGUGUAAAAUGAGUAUGUGUGCAUGUUAUUUACAUUGUAUGUACAGAAAGAGACAUAAUUUAGCCUGGAUGUGGAGUGAUUCUCUCCUUGAGAAGGGGGAUGGCAACCCGUGUGAGCAUCUGGAUUGAGGAGGGCCUUCCCAUGCUUCAUCUUCUGUCCUGUCAGCGUGGUAGGGCUGUGGGGAAGGACUUUCAAGGACGAUCAAAGUGAACUAUUUUCUUAUUUUUUGGGGGGAAAAAACAUUUUAUUUUAUUUGGGGUGCACCCAGUUAAAAGACAUUUCAAAAGAGAACAAAACUGACUGCCGGCAGUAUUUGUGAAUUGUUUAUUGUUUGUUAUGUGUAUUCAACACAGUGUUUUUGCUUAAAUUUACCUGUGUGUUCCAGUUACUCGUUGUGGUGUCCAAUCCCUUAUUAUUACUCGCCCUGCGAACCUAAAAAAUACUAGCCAGUGUGCACUUACCUGUCAGGUGGAUUACACAUAGAUGUAAGCUAGCUAGCAAUAACAAUAGCUUGCUACUGUUAGCUAACUAGUAGCUAAGUUACUUGUGUGACUGACGGAAGUAAUUACAAAAUAAGCCUACUCAGACUUAUAAUAACGUUAGCUUAUAACUUAGGGCAUCAUAUAACAGACUUAUAAUAGCUUUUGAGAAAUUCGAGCUUAACUCUUGGGUGAACAUUGUCAAGCAGCGAUCUCUGAUACCCACGGUCAAUUUGGCGACAGUGACACCACUGAUACUAGGUGGCGCAAGCUAAAUAAAACAAAUCCUAUCUGUUGCCUCUUUAAGUGGUUGACAAAACUCAUCUGACCUUUAUGCAUUAUGUGCAAGAUUGAAUUCUAAGCUUCAUUUGUAGAACUUUAAAAACAAUUUAACAGGCUCCCAGUAUGAAGUCACCCUUCACAAGGUGCUACAAGUUGCAUUAGAAAUGACAAAAUGUCAUCAAAUUCAAUCAUGUAAAUGAGACCAAUGAAGGUGAUUGACUUCAUUAAGCAACUCUGUACUGCUAUGAAGGCCACAUUCUCCAUCAGUAUCAUUGCUUCCUACAGAAACCAGAGAUGUGAAUCACAAGCCAAGUUUCUAAUUAAAAAAGUACAAAUUUUUAAGCACAUUUCCAAAAAAUCAUCAAAAGAAAAUGUGAUUGAAUGCUGAGUGAAACCAAACAAUAUGAAGUCCUUCCUUUUGGACUGAAACGUUAGUUAAUGUUUAAAGAAAAACUACUUCAGGAGGUUGUUCCACAUUAUUAAGCAAGUCACAGGUUUCAAGCAUUGUGGGGAAAAAGAGAGAUCUCCCUGCGGAUGAAAAGCGUGAAAUAGUGCAACGUCAGUUAUUUAGCAAGCCAGUAACAGAUCAGGCUUCUGCAGUAGCCUGAGAGAGAUUCAGCCAAUAAUAGAAACUCUGCCGUUGUCCAGGAAAACUCCACGUUUUAAAGCCUGCAAGACAUCCUCAUUCAUAUUCAUAAUAUUAGCUCAUUUCUGACAGCAUAAUGAGAUACAAAGCCAUCCUCAGAACCAAAAGUGGUCAUUCCUUUCUCCAGUUUCAGGAGGUUCUUUGUCCGUGCAAAACAGACUGAUGUAUAUAUUCCUUUAGUUUCUCCACGUAGCUUUCUGGACGUACAUUCUAAAUGCAUAAACACAAGACUGACAGUGGCGCCUUUCCAGUUGGGUUACCUCUUCUCAGCAAACCACCCAGGAAUCUACACAUCAUGAAGCAGGAACCGCUCGAGAUGUGGAUGACCCCUUGUAUUUUGACAGACUCAUGGAUUCCUGUUUACAUCUUAAAGCUGUAGACUCUACAGCACAGUCAGAAUGAUGCAUUCAUCCUUACAUUCAAACAGCAGAGUCUGGGUGGACAGCAGCCACUAACAUAUUAAAAAUAAUCAGCAUUAAUGCACAUCUGAUGAGCAGUGUAUUUUGAGUUAUUUGACAGAAAAAAAAUACUGUUGUUGUCAUUGUUUAAUAAAAUCCAGAUAAAAUUGUGAAUAUAAUUGUUGAGGAAUAAAAAAAUUCUAUUGACUGUCUAUUGUGUUUUGAAAAAAAAAAAAAGAACAAAAACAGCAUAUGCAUAAUACUUUGGAACACAGUGUAUUUCCAUUAUUGAUAAAUCUAAAAAAGAAAUCUCAGCUGUUUAAUAAAAAGAGCACCGAGCACAGUUUCUGAGAACUCAAGGUUAACUCAUAGCCACUGAAAAAUAAUUUUCUGUUCGAUCAGCCAAUCAGUAAAGAACUAACUGAUCAUUUCAGAUAUACUGAGCACAAUUCUUAGAUACAAACUGUGUUUGUUUAAAUACAAGCUUGAUCAGAAUUAGAAAUACUUAAUUGAUCCAGAGGGGACAUUGUGGUUGAUUACAGUUACUCUGGUGUAAUGCUAAGAGAAUUACACAAGUAGAAAUUAGAUGUAAAACUAUAAAAAUAGAAAAUAUAUGCUAUAUGCUGCAAUGGUAUCCCUAGCAUGUAAAAUGUUUUUUUAAAAAAUGUAUA